AAAAUGGCGGAGUAUAUGGAUGUUCCAAAACCAGCCGGAAGAUCGGUUUCAAUCAGUGAAGAGAGAAAUUUUGUGAUGCCAAGUUUACCUGACAACAACGGGUAUGAGUCUGAGAGUGAUGUUGGAGAUAGAAAACAGUCUGGAACAUCGUUUCUUCUACCAGCUGUAAACCUAGCCAGAAGACUCAGCAUGCGAAUCUCAGGAAACAGAGAUUUGAGUCUUGUGAGAAGAAGAAAAAGGCGUGCUGUUAGAAAUGAGAAUAAAGGAUUCAACAACGGUAGAAGAAAAAGUAUGUUCGAAGGUCGAAGUUCUAUCGCACAAAUGAGUUUGGACAUGGAACGAGGUCUCAUCAUUCUCAAGGAAGAAACACCAAACCCUAUUAUGAAUAUUCUACAUUUAGGAAUGAGAAGAAUACGAAUUCUAUUAGGGUUGCAGUACACCGGUGUACCUGUAGAUGCACCAGUCGAACCAGAGACUAUAUCUUUACAAACAUUGGAGCCUGCGCAUAGAUACAGACCCUCAGGAAUUAAACAUCUCUGCCAAGAAACAGGGUUUUCUGAAUCCGAGUUGAAGCGACUAUACAGAGGUUUCAAGAAUGAAUGUCCGACAGGUGUAGUUGACGAGGAGAAUUUUCAUAAUAUCUACACUCAUUUAUUUCCCUGGGGAGAGGAGAGUUACCACCCCUAUAUCUGCUCCUACUCCCAUUAUCUAUUCUCUACACUAGACCAGGGGGACAGAGGAAUUAUCACAUUUGAGGAUUUUGUCCUAGCGCUGUCUUUACUCUACCACGGUACAGAGGAGGAGAAAAUAGAAUGGACAUUUAAAUUAUAUGACUUGAAUGGGGACGGAUUGCUGCAAAAAGAUGAACUCUUGGAUGUUGCAAUAGCGGUGUUAGAGCUGAUGGGAAAGAGUGAGAAUAGUGACUCAAUACCUGAUGGUCUAGUUUCAAAGAUUGGAGACAUUUUUGAGGAUAUGGAUGUAAACAGUGAUGGGGCAGUUUCUUUAGAUGAGUUUACCACAUAUUGUAAGGCCGAGGGUAUAGUACCAUGUUUGAAUGCAGUUAUAUCAGGAUUUAAGAUUUAAACUUUAAAAAGUAAUGCUGAAAAUUGUAAUAAGGGUUUCAAUUUUUUUGGCGCAAAUUUGCUUCCGAAUUGCCUAAAGUUUUUCGCAAAAAUUGUAAAACAAGACCCAUUUUUUCUGCGACUUUUAUUUUACAUAUUCUUAUUGAAUAAAUUGGAAAAUCUUCA